UCCAUCGGCGCUCACCUCUCACGCGACCCAAAUCAAAUCCCCAUAAAUGCAUCUCAUCUACCUACAAGCACUCAAGGCCAAGCUUGUGGAACUGAUUUGAGUAACGCUUGGUUAUUUAUGAUGCCCGUGUGCUGAGCUCCAUAUUUCCAUGAGUAAGCAACACAGAAGUAAUGAAUGAGGUUUGAUUUUCUCUUGUGAUGUGUUGUCUGCCCCUCAUUCCUCGUGUAUGAAAUUUCAAGACAACCACCAUGAGUCUAGAUGUUGUAUACACGAGCAUUCGUGGAUUUCUCAUUGUGUUACCAUGGGCCCUCGAAUUGGUCCUCAUGGACCUCAUAAUCUCUUUCCUCUUACCCGUCAGUUAUCUUUUCCCUAACUGGGUAUACAAUGCGUCGUCGUUCGUCGCCUUUACAAACUGGAAUUGGAUCCAAGUCAUUUUUGAGGUCUUCAACGGAGGCAAGAUUACCAUUUCUGGCGACACUCUUCCGGAAAGCGAAACCGCGAUUGUCAUUGCAAAUCAUGUCAGUUGGACCGACUUCUAUAUGAUUCAAGCACUUGCUAUCAGAGCUGGCAUGCUUGGGAGGUGUAGAUGGUUUGCCAAGAUUGAAUUGCGAUGGGUUCCAUUACUUGGAUGGGGAAUUUGGGGGAUGGGUAUGCCCAUGGUUAGUAGAAAUUGGCUGAAGGAUAAGAAAGAGUUGGAUCGAGUUUUUGCAGGAGUUGUAGUAAAGAAAUGGCCACAGUGGCUCAUCAGCUUUAGUGAAGCGACACGAUAUACCCCCAAGAAAUACGAAGAAGCAAAAACAUGGUGUAAACAAAACAAUCGACCUCUCCCCAAGCACCUUCUGUAUCCACGAACCAAAGGCUUUGUAACAACAGUGCAGCACCUGCGAAAGGCUAAGCACGUCAAAGCUGUUUAUGAUAUGACGAUCGCGUAUUCACAUCAUAAUAAAUGGCAUCAAGCACCAACCAUUUGGGAAUCUCUUAGUUGCGGGGACCUAAGCGGAAAACGAGGAUACAAAUUUCAUGUUGAAGUCAAGCGAUUUUUAUUGGAGGACUUGCCAGAGACUGACGAAGGAUUGGCAAAAUGGUUGGAAACUAGAUGGAUAGAGAAAGGGGAAUACUUGGAAGAAAAGAGGGAAGAAUGGUCCAGAGUUGGUAACGGACAUAAGCCAAUUACGGCAUAG